CUACAUUUCCCUGUAUGGGUGUCGUCCAAGAGAGCUAUAGAUCCGGGUUAUUGGACCCGGAAGUAGGUUGUGAAGGGAAAAAGACGCGUGAAACAUGGCAACUGGAGUGGAUCAAGUUGUCGGGAUGGGCCUGGUUGCCUUCAGCCUUAUCUUGUUUAGCUACUACACGGUCUGGGUGAUAGUCCUGCCAUUCGUGGACAGCGACCACAUCAUCCAGAAGUACUUCCUUCCUCGAGAAUAUUCGGUGAUCCUGCCUGGUGUGGCAGCAUUAAUCCUUAUUCUUUGCGUGGGAGCAUUCAUCGGUGCGGUGACUUGGAGGAAUCGCAAGCCCAAGAAAGUGGACUAGACACCAGAGGCAUGGAUGUGGGAAGGAAAAGGGGUGGAGUGAUUUCAUGCAGAGCUUCUGUAGAGAGGUUGCACUAUGAUGGGACUCUGAAGCACUUUUCACUGUUCCAGGCAGAUGAUGUAUCAGUAUGGCAGACAAAACUGCAGAGACAGUACCACCCCGUCGCCUUUGCUGAAGAGCAGAUACCACACCAGCCUCUCUGGUUCAUAGCCCCCUGUCCCUUCACUUAUUGAUGGCUGCUAGUUUAUUGCUGGGUUUUCCCAUAUGGGCUUUUUGUCUCGUAAAAAUGCUUAAAGGACCAAAGUGGAAGCCAUAACCCCCCCCCCCCAGUACUUAGAAAUAUUCUUAGCAUUGACCCAUCAUCCUCAUACGAGAUCCUUGCUCCCCUUAAAUCGUUACUGUGAUCUCUUUGCAAAGAUCUUUGCUGUUCAUUUCUAGGCAUAAUGUUACCAGUUGCCUUGGCUGUCUAUUGAGAUUUUCACAUGAGCUUCCCACCAGUUUUGAUUUUUAAAACACAGCUAGAAAAAUUAUGCAAGCCGGCUUUGUAUAAUACCUUAACAGACUGUAAAUAUAGUUCUUUUGGAAAUCUUAGAAUUUGGAGUAUUUCCAUGUUUGUUCUUCUGUUUGUUGUCCAAAAGGACAGAAAUGUGUAUAUAUCUAUCCACUCAUCCAUGCAUUUUCUAACUGCUUAUUCUGGUUGUUAUAUAUAUUAUCCCAGGUACCACAGGGCAUAAGGAUGGGGUAUGACCUGGACAGGGUGCCAGUCAGUUUCAGGGCACAUACACCAUUUUGCACUGUAUGCAGUAUAGAGACACCAGUUAGCCUAACCGCAGGUCUUUGGACCACUGGAGAAAGCUGGAGUACCUGGAAACAUGCAAAAGCUGUACCCAGGCCUGGAGUGGGAUUUACACCACCAUACUGUAUGUGCGUGUACAUAUUCAUUUAUUUCUGAUACAUUUCAGUAAAAUGUAUUCAUACUUAUGUGAA